AGUGAAGGAUCACUUGUGCCUUGUGAGAAUCAGAAAUGGCUUCAGGGUAUUCAGGAAGGUACUGGGAACAACCGCUCACUGACUGAGCUCUGCUUCCAACAGGCCAUGGAGAUGAAGGCUGUCAGCGUCUUGGCCCUGAUUAUCAGCCUCAGCGUAGUCACAGAAUCCAAAGUCUACACUCGAUGUAAACUGGCAAAAAUAUUUGUGAAGGCCGGCCUAGACAACUACUGGGGAUUUAGCCUUGGAAACUGGAUAUGCAUGGCAUAUUAUGAGAGCCACUACAACACUACAGCCGAGAACAUUCUGGAGGAUGGGAGCAUUGACUAUGGCAUUUUUCAGAUAAACAGUUUCACAUGGUGCAGAAAUGAAAGAAUACGACAGAAGAAUCACUGCCAUGUUGCCUGCUCAGCCUUGGUCACUGAUGACCUCACAGAUGCCAUUCUCUGUGCCAAGAAAAUUGUUAAAGAGACACAAGGGAUGAACUAUUGGCAGGGCUGGAAGAAACACUGCGAGGGCAAAGACAUGUCUGAGUGGAAGAGAGGAUGCGAAGUUUCCUGAUCCGGAGCAGGUGCAAGAAUGCUUUGCCGUGACUACCCAGAUUUGUAAUGAGUAUCCCUUUUCCUCACAGUACCCCUUUUCAAAGUUGGAGAGGGAAUCCAAGCUGUAUUUUAAGGAAAUAAAUAUUUCCAUUUAUAUGUCUUCACUUCCCCCUGACUUAAGUUCAAAGAUGUCAUAAUAACUUGAUGCUGUUAAGGCUUGGGAAAUCAUCUCUGGAAUGUUUAAGGCUUAGAAAAAAUAAACUUUUCUUCUUUGCUGUAAA